CUGAUGACAUGUAACCGAUGUGACACUGCUGUAUGUGCGCCACCGCAUGUUCACCAGCAGGUUACAGAAACCCACGGCGGUUUAUUGAAACAAUAUCUGUUCUUAGAGCACCAGCGAGCAACGAUGCUUCUCCCUCCACCUCUGAAUGAAGUCUUGCUCACACAGAGCCGAGCAGAGGCGAGCGGACGCGACUGCCGUUGAUGACACCGAGGAGACUGAAAUGGAAGAACAUCACUGGAGCCCUGCUUUCAGUGAAGAGAGAGACACAAAGGCGACUGACCACCGACAGCCAUUCGAAAAGAUGCUUCGUUUUCAAUGAUCGUCACACGGUGUGAAGAGUGACAAAACAGUCGUCAGACCUUCAGGCUGGUGUUGGUGAUAUCCGAAAGGCUCCUCAUGUGUUAUCUCUCACCUUGUUUCUGUCAUCAUGCCCACCUUUCCACCUCUGGGCAGUAACUCCAGCAGAGUGCCCUGGGACCCAGGCGCGCCUUCUCUAGUGAACACUAUGGUGAAGAUGGUUCUUAUAUCGGUGAUCGCAUGCACCUCACUUUUCGGAAACGUUGUGGUGCUGCUGGUAUUCCAGCGCAAGCCGCAGCUUCUCCAUGUUGCCAACCGUUUCGUGCUUAACCUGCUCCUAGCCGACCUACUGCAGACGGUGCUGGUCAUGCCCUUCGCCAUCGCCGCCACCGUGCCUGAGGUCUGGCCGCUGGAUUCCCGGCUGUGCCAGGCUCUCGUGGUGCUCAUGCAUCUGUUUGCAUUCGCCGGCGUCAACACCAUCAUCGUGGUGUCUGUGGAUCGCUACUUGGCCAUUAUCCACCCACUGUCCUAUCCCACCCGUAUGACACCUCACCUGGGUACCAACCUGAUUGCUCUCACAUGGCUUCUCAGUGCGCUUCAGAGCACCCCGCCACUUUAUGGAUGGGGAACCAUCGAAUUCGACCAGCGCUACAACACAUGCACUGUUGUGUGGUCCUCCAGCUACUCGUAUUCAGCCGUGGUGUCCGCUCUUUCGUUCUGGCUGCCUGUGGUGAUCAUGCUUUGCUGUUAUUGGAUGGUGUUCAGAGCAGCAAGGCGGCAGAAUGCCCUCGUUCACCCCAUCCAAUCCAACCCCCCUCCAGAUUCCCAAGCAUCCUGUUCCAGCCCACAAAGGCAUCCGCAGCCAGAAGGCCCCUUUUCAGCCACUUAUCCCAUCAGGACCCGCCAUAGACGCUUCCACUAUCACUGUAAGGCUGCGCGGGUGGUGUUCGUCAUCAUGGCGUCCUAUGUGUUCAGCAUGGGCCCAUACAGCAUCCUGAGCACGAUAUCCAUAUACUCAAGUGCAGCAGUGCCGCCCUGGUUGGCCUCAGUGGCUCUCAUUCUUUUCUUCCUGCAGUGCUGCUUACACCCCUACAUCUACGGCUACAUGCACCGCAGCGUACGCAAGGAGUUCCUGGCGCUGCUCUGCGGGCCACUGUGCGGGCAGGGCCGGAUCAGUCAGGGCUCCGCAGUGGACAGCUGCUUCACGGUGACCGAUGGACGCCUGGCACACACUCACCUGUCAAGCCAGGCUGCCCGAGUGUGUCCUCUCCGAACCUGGGAGGAAGGCACCACGUCUUCUUCCCCUACAGAGAGGAGGUCUAAAGACAGCCGCAAGGAAACCACCUCCAUCAGUCUGAGCUCAGAGAAGGAGCUCACCGUACACAGCCACACCAACAGUCAACCUGAGGAAACACCUACAAGCAAAUGUUGAACUUUUUUCUGUCAUUGUUUGGGUGUUUACAUCUCUUUUAGGUUUACAUUUAGGGCACAGCUUGGUACUUUAGAAUCAAAUUCUGUGCCUUAAACACAAGCUCACUGAAUACAUUGUAACCACACUCUCAAGAAAAAAAAGGUGCACUGGGUCACUAGAGUGGCAUUCUUCUAAAUGGUACUAAUAUGUGUCAUUAAGGUACUAAUAUCACCGUGGGUUCAUGGGUCCGUACCUUUAGGAGUAAAAAAAAACAUUCUUAAAAAGUACUGUCCCAAUAACCCAAUAGCUAUGCUAUGGACCUACUUUAUGGUUAGUAUUUACACAAAUCACAUUGAGGACGACAGAAAAGCCUAGCAAACAUAGUCUAUCAUCCUGCCAAGAAACUGUUAAAAUAUCUUAUCGUUACAUUCAGUCAUUUCUAUCUUAUGUUCAACAUGUUUUAUUCAGCAAGGAUGCAUUCAAUUGCAGCAUUCAAAUGCAGCCACGGAGAGCAUAAGAGACUGAAAUAUUCUUAAUCAUUUGAACGGUAGUGUAUGCUUACUCUGUGUAUGGGAAAAAGGUCUUCAGAUAUAUCACAUGGUUAUGGUUAUUUAAAAACUGGAAUCAAUAACUGAAUAAUCAUUUAAUACACAAGGUUUGACAUCUGAUACAAGCCUGUUACAAAAUAUUGGCGACAUGGUAUAAAGUGCUCCAUCUAAUACAGAAUAUUUAUUUAUUUAUUUAUUUUUUCUGUUUUAAUAUAAUACAAUGUCUUACAAAAUGAAUGUUCUUUAUAUACAUCUAUUGAUACUUUACGGUUUAAAGACAAAGUAUUCCUUAUAUUGUUUUGAAAUGAAUUUAGAAUAUAUGUGGAGAGAUUUCUGUCUAUAUUUCUAAGCAUACAUAUCAACUUUGUUAUACGACUGAAUCAUUGUCACUGGAAUCAUAGUUCUCUUUUAAAGAAACACUGUUAAUAUAAGUGUAAUUACAAGCAAAAGGAAGCUAACAAAUCGAAGAAACCGUUCUAUGUAUUUAUUGUUCAUGCACCAGUAAUACUUAAGCGAUGAAUCACAUCAGCAUUAGCAUAUGGGUCAAUGUAUUUCUGUUUGUUUUUAAAAGAUGUGCAAUGUGGAGGGGUUUCAGAAUUUUGGAGAGGGUGAGUCAUAUGAAAACUGUCAAGAUCAUAUCUGUUUAGAUUUCAACCCAAAAUGAGAAAGAAAGAAAAUUAAGCCUACUUUUCAGAACAUUUGUGCAUUUUUCCCAGUUCCCACCCAUCAAACCUUUUUUUGUAAAUGUAUUGAAAAAAAAAAAAGAAGAAACAAUAUGAUUUGAUUCAAAGUGUUUAUAUAUCAUGGUAGUAUUUGUUAAAUUGCUUUAUUUAAUUGUGUAAUGUGACCUGGGACAUGCUUUCGUGAGAUUUACCCAAGAGCAGCUAAUGAGCUCAGGAUCUCAGGUUAUUUCUAAUGUACCUCUUGACCAGUGUGGAGAGUCUGCUCUCUUUAAGAGUUCCUCAAUAGAUAAAUUGUACAACAUUUCUGUGUUGUAGAUGAUGUUCAGUCCCCUAACACUGCCAAAUGUAUCAUUUAACCACUGACAUGAUGUGGGAUUAAAUAAACUGGCUUAACAACUGCUGAAGCACUUUACGUUAUCAAGUUCAACCACUACAUUAAGGCAGGAAUGCUAACCACUCUUGAGCACUUAGCUUGACCCUGUAGAAACUGGGACUGCUAGUGCUUCAUUAUUAAUUUCUGGCUGGGGCGUUUAGAAGUCCCCUGAAUCAAUCACGAGUCAAACUUGCAAUUUCCUCUGCUACAGCAAAUAUUAUUUUGAAACCAGUGAGUGCAACAAUACAUAUCUCAGAUUUUAUCAACUCUAUGCCAGUUUCCAGUAAUGUCUGCAGCACUUAUUAAACUAUAGCCAGUCUCAAAAAAAAUAAAAAAACAAGCACCAUCAUCUGCUGUAAUAACUGACUGUUUUAUAUACUUUUUUAAAGUUUAGAAUUAGACAUUUUUGUAAUGAUGUACUUUGUGAUUUAUUUUUCUUUUAUUAUAACAUGGUGAAGAAUGUUUAUGUAUACCUCAAGAAUUGAAGCUCAUAGUUUGUUCUGCGAGUUUUCAAAUUAAAAUUGAACUGGAAAAUGAUGCGCAAGCUUGUGGUUUUCUUAAUGUAUUGGCAUUUAAAUAAUUUUCAAAGUACAAAAUCGCAAAAUAUCUUCCAUUAUUUAGAUAUUAUUACUUAUAUACAACAGUUCUAUUGCAAAAAAAAAAGUGCUUCUUAACCAUUCAUUCUCCUUCCCUCCAUAAAAAAAACAAUUCUUCAGCAAUAUAAAACUAUAAAAACACAUGGAAAAUAGUAUUUUUAUGCUACUAAAAAUGAAGUAAAGAUUAUUACUGAUAUUCACCAAUAGGUGACAUUAUAGAGGUUACUGUGGUGUGUUUUACAUGCCUUAAGAUGCAGUCACAUUAGUUAAAUUGAGGUGAAAUUUCAUGGGCAAAAUGGUCCAUUGUAUAUUGUCAAUAGCACGAAUCAUGAAGAACAGCAUACACAAGUCACUUUAAAACAAAGCAGCUUUCUGUUGGUCAACAAGACAAGUCCAUAAAAAUAAAAAUAAAUUAAACUGUAACGACUACCAAUUGAAUGCUUGCAAAACAAUUUCUGAACAACUGACAAAUGUAACUGUCCCUUACAGGUGAGAAGUCAGUUAAAUUUUACAUGGCAAAAUUUUUUAUAAAAGCACCACUCAUACAGAAGUCAUUUUCAAACCAAGUAGUUUCCUGUUGUCAAAAUGUUGAAAUUCGGGUGACCAACUUGAAAUUGAAUAAAAUCGGUGGAAAAAGUUUAGCCCUUAAGUGAAAAUGUUAAAUUAGCUAAACUUAUUAGGCACAAUUUCACCAACAAAGAGCAUUCAUUAUGCAUUAAGUAGCAAAGUGUGAAGCACCUCUUACUCAGAGGUCACUUCCAAACUAAGCAGCUUUAUAUUGAUAAAUGUGACCAAAUUGUGCACUCACAAUGAAGCGCACCACAACUUGAAUGCAGUGAGAAAUCUGCAUCUGGAAUGUUCAGA